CCCUCUAUUGCACUGAGGUCAAUGACCAACACCAGGAAAUAAAUCUGACGGCUCAUCAAGUGAUCAACAAGAUUCUCGGCCGGCCCGCUAAAGAUAUUGAUUGUGCAGUCUUUUGGGUUGUUGAUGGGUACGUGUCCAGAGCCAGAUGCAUGUAUCUGUUGCAUUAAAGGACUUCCAAUUGUGGGCCGGUGAUCCAAAGAACCAUGGAUGCACAAUCUGAAGCAGCCUGCCAACGGCCUGAUGACCCUACCACCAUGCAACGAUCUGCAGCAGCCAGCAAAGAAACUGAUGUCCCUACCACGAUGCAACAAUCUGAAGCAGCCUGUCAACGGACUGAUGUCCCCACCACAAUGCAACAAUAUGAAGCAACGUACCAACGGACUAAUGUCCCCACCACGAUGCAACAAUCUGCAGCAGCCUACCAAUGGACUGAUGACAUCCCUUCCAUGAUGCCACAAUCUGCAGCAGCCUACCAAUGGACUGAUGACAUCCUUCCCAUGAUGCAACAAUCUGCAGCAGCCUACCAAUGGACUGAUGACAUCCUUCCCAUGAUGCAACAAUCUGCAGCAGCCUACCAACGGACUGAUGACAUCCUUCCCAUGAUGCAACAAUCUGCAGCAGCCUACCAACGGAUUUAUACCCCUACCACUAUGCAACAGGAGGCUCAGGUACCUGCUGCAUUAGAUUCCCCACAACGAACUGGAACCAUCGGAAACAGCGGCACAAUCAGUGGCAGCAACAACCCUGUUAUUGUUGGUUCAAAUGUUGGUUCAAUCAAUUACACCUUCCUGUUGGAGGGACCUGGAUGCAGCGCCCCCAAAAAGAUGAAGCUUGACAGUUCAGCCCAAGAUGCCGCUGAUUUCUGUGAAGGUGAACUGAAGUCAUACUACAGGAGGAAAGGUAGCUUUGUUAAGUUGAUUCCAUGGGUGGGUGAUGACAGGAAACACAUAAAGAAAAUCUACACAAAAUUACAGUUAAUACUUGGUAAGGACAGAGUCAAGCUGGCAUCAUAUGACGAUAUAUUACAACGUGAGACAGAAGAGGGAGAUCUGAUCCUAAUAGCUGUUUUAACUGGGUUAGCUGGUAGAGGAAAGACCACACUUUUUAACAAAAUUGCAUAUGAUUGGGCAGUUGGUUCUAGUCGGGUACUACGGAAGUACAAACUUGUCUUCCUGUUGAAAAUGCACGCACUGGAGCAGAGUUCAGAUCUUGUCGAUGCAGUUUUUGACCAACUCUUGGCUAAAGAUGUAAGUAUUGAAAGAGGUGCCCUGGACAUGUUUAUCAAGAACAGUCCUGGAAAAGUCCUUGUUUUACUAGAUGGCUUUGAUGAGCUCAUGACCACCACCUUGUGUGAUUCUUCAUUUGGUUCCAUCCUGGAGAUCCUUAAUGGAAAGAAGUUGAGGGGUUGUACUGUACUUGUAAGCACCCGCCCCUCACAUGUUGACAGACUUGUAUCAGAGAAACUGGUUCAGGACCCAUUCACACAUGUCGAGGUCAUGGGUUUCAGUUGGAAAAAUGUCAUCGAGUAUGUUAAUAAUUUUUUUGUUGGUGAACCUGACAAGGCCAAGGGGCUUCUUGAAAAGAUUAGAUCGUCAGGCCUUUUGAUUGACUUAGCUGCGAGCCCAAUGCUUCUUCUUGUGAUGUGUGUACUAUGGCAAGAAAAGUGUACACUCCCAGAAACAAUGUCACUUCUGUAUCAUGAUGGAUUUUCAUAUAUCUUCCGAAGAAAAGGAUUGGACUCACAAGAUGAAGCAGCAAAAGUUGUGAUUGAAAUUGGCAAGGUUGCGUUGCAUGGUCUUCUUUCUCCAGAUCAGUCACUCUCUUUCAAAGAAAGUGACUUUGAGCCGAGUGUGCUUGAGCUGGCUCUGAAAGCAGGUAUUCUGACCAGCCAGAGAGUCCGCAAGAGACUGCAGAGUCACAACAGUGUUCAGUUUUUUCACAAGACAUUCCAGGAGUUCUCUGCUGCUGCUUACUUGCAAAGCUUGUUAGAAGCAGACCCAGAAGAAUUUCAGAAGAUUUUGAAUGAAAUUAUGUCAAAGGGUGCAAAGAGGUUUGAGUAUCUUCUGCGCUUUUGUUGUGGUGACAAUAAGGCAUGUACAUAUGAGAUUAUGAAGGUAUUUCAGGUGAGGUGUGGGGAGGAGUUGUCCUUCAAGUCAUCCUCACAGAUGGGUCAGUUGGCUCUGCAUUGUUUCUUUGAAGGCCAAUCGAAGCAUUUGCCUCCAGAGGAAUUCAUACAUUCAUUCAUAACUGAUGAAAUCUCCAUUAGAGACCUUGACAGGGAUAAUCUGAACUCAGUCAUACACUUUCUGAAAUGUGUUGCUGAACAGACAAAAAACAGUGGCAACACAUACCUUGCUAAGGUAAAGAAAUUAUUUGUAAACGUUGAUAGAUGGAUAUGGUUUAUUGGCAUGAUUGAGGAGUUAGCUGUUACCAUGUGUGCAAUGACAAACCUUAAUGCUGUACAUUUCUUGUUUUGCCUACCAUUGACUGGUAGCAACAUGGCAGAUAUUGCUAAGUCGCUCAAGGACCUAACCAACUUGCAUGAAUUUUAUAUUCAUUGUAGUGAUAACCUGGGUGGUACAGCAGCAUUAUGGUGCAUGCAUUUGAAGCAGUUGAAAUCUCUCAAGAAGCUGCACUUGAGUGCCUGCAGUUUGAAUGGCCAGGACAUAACACUUAUUGCUGAGUCACUUAUUGAUUUACCUAACUUCAGUGAAUUGACCCUUUUUAGUAAUAACCUGGGUGGAACAGUAGCAUCAUGGUGCAUGCAUCUAAAGCAGAUGAGGACCCUCACUAAUCUGGACUUGAGCAACUGCUCAUUGAAUAGACAGGACAUCAAACAUGUUGGGGAGUCAGUCAGGGAUCUACCCAACUUGGUUGAAUUGAAUGUUUCAUAUCAUGGCCUGAGUGGUAGAGCAGCAUUACGGUACAUGCAAUUAAAGCAGCUGAAGACCCUUACAAAGCUGGGCUUGUAUAAAUGCUCAUUGAAUGGACAGGACAUCAAACAUAUUGCUGAGUCACUUCCCAACUUGGUCGAAUUGGAUCUUUCUGAUAAUGAGCUGUGUGGUACAGCAACAUUGUGGUGCGCACAAUUAAAGCAGCUGAAGACCCUUACAAAGUUGGGCUUGCGUAGAUGCUCACUGAAUGGACAGGACAUGAAAGAUAUUGCUGACUCACUCAGGGAACUUCCCAACUUGGGAGAAUUGGAUCUUUCUGUUAAUCACCUGGGUGGUACAGCAGCAUUGUGGUGCAUGCAUUUGAAGCAGUUCAAGUCCCUCAGGAAGCUGGUCUUGAAUGGCUGCUCAUUGAAUGGACAAGACAUGAAACAUGUUGCUGAGUCACUUGGGGAUCUACCCAACUUGGUUGAUUUGGAUCUUUCUUGGAAUACCCUGAGUGGUACAGCAGCAUUAUGGCACAAACAUCUAAACCAGUUGAAGUCCCUUACAGAGCUAGACUUGGGUGGCUGCUCAUUGAAUGGACAGGACAUCAAACAUGUUGCUGAGUCACUCGUGGAUCUACCCAGCUUGGGUCACUUGAGUCUUUAUCAAAAUGACCUGCGUGGCACAGCAGCAUUGUGGUGCAUGGAGGUAAAGCAGCUGCUGCACCUUCAGAGGCUGAACCUCAGAAUCUGUAGCCUGACAGAGGAUGACAAGAACCAUAUUGAUGAGUCACUCAGUGACCUAAGGAAGAAUGGAUUAGACCUUGACAUGGAGAUUCAAUAAUUGCUGUGGGAAGGAAUGCAUGUAAUUUUAACUGCCUAUUCAUUGCACCAUCAAAACCAUGUGAAUGUCAGUAAGAUACAUAACCUAUAUGAGUAACAAUAUCUUCCACCUACUUUGGUUUUGAAUAAUAUAAACUAUGCCAAAGCUUUUUCAUGAGCUUUUUUUUGGUUAGGCAGUUAGAGGGAAGAUCUAAAACCUAGCUAGAAGCAAAAUUGUAACAGGAGUGAUUUGAGUUAAGCCAGAGAUUUCCUCAGUGGCAUACUUUUGGCUCCUUCAUUGCAAUUGGAACCGUUCUUUCUAUUAAGCUGCACAUAUCACUGCACAGUGACAGUUAAAGAUAUGAAGCAUAGAUGACAUUGUAGUAGGUGUCGCACUGAUAGGCAGGACUUCUGCCUAAAUUGGUCGGACUGCAGAAUCUUUACUUUCAUUAACACAAGACAUUGGUGACUCAGCAACAUCAUGCAAGUCAAGUACACAUCUAUCAGUCAACUGUUUAAUGUUGUCACCCAUUUCAAAGCUAGAAAGGUGAAUUUCUGAUUGUAACAUUCUGUUUUUAAUCUGACAUUGUCUUCAUGAGGUGAUUUUGCAUUUUAAAAACCAGGGUCUUUUCAAACCAGGAUUUUGUUGCUUUUAUUUUACACAUCCCACUGUAACAUACAAUUGUUGCCUGUUGUGAUGGGGUCCAUGGUGUUUUGUACACCCGAGAGUCGCCUCGGAUUCCAUUUGCACCCGAAGGUGUACAAAACCCAUGGAACGCAGGCAACAAUUGUUUUGUCAUACCACGGUAAUAGAUUCCAGCCGUCUGAAAUUGUGGGUUUCCUUCAGUUGCCGUGCAUUAAUCAUGGAAGUAUUGAAAAGAUCGGCGAUUACUGCACUGUGAAUAUUCACACAGAAUAUUGUGUUCAUUGCAGGAACACACAUUAAUUUACCUUUUCCAGAAUAGACCAAUCCAUCAAUCCCUGCCCCGUUAUGUACCAAUCACAGCUGCGACCAUAGUCUAUGUGCGUCUAUCGGACAUAAUGCGCGCGCAUUCAUCUGACAUGUGUACGCCCAUGUGCGCGCUGUCUGAUGCCUCUUACUCGGGCUAUUUCUAUCACGUGCACGGUUCUCGACCAAUUAAAAAUCACAAUCUAUUACCGUAGUAUAACAAUAUCUGGUUAAUCCCUUCAGGCAAUAUGCAACACUACAGGUGGUCAGUCCAAUGCUUGGGCACAAGUAUACACCAUGCAUGCACACAACACAGGGACACAAUAAUGUAGGAAUCUGUUGUUCAUGCACCAUUUUCUUUGAUUAAAAGAAUAAUAGAUGGUUUCAUUACUAGACAUAACAAAUUUUACACUGGAUGUUACAUUUAUUGAAAUUCUGUGUGCAUUUAGGUCAAUCAAGAAGGGUUGAUGUCAAUCAGUCAAGUGAUGAUAAUUGUUUCCUGCUGGUGGUGGCUAGUCAACUGUAAUAAUCUCCCCCAAGGCGAUUUCAAGUUGAGUUAAGAGAGCAGUGAAAUCCUGGAACCAAAACCAAAUAUAUACUUGGGUAUUCUCUUAAAAGAAGGUAUCACAGCAUGGGGAAGAUGUCAGUAUGUGAAGGGAUGUUUCCUAGCUUUCACAUUUCUCUGAGUGUUUCCUAUACUUUCUGUUUCCCUGAGGGACGGGUGGGACCGGAGUUCCAACCGUCUACCGCCCUCUAACUUAACAGGUUGUGUUAUAAAAUCACCAGCUGUGAUGAGGGAAUCUUUCAUUGAAGUUAUCAUUUGAGUGUUUCUUACACUUUGUGUUUCACAUGGGAAAGUGAGUUCCAGUCAUCUACCACCCAUUGACUGACACACACUUCCUAUCAGUUUGAGGGAUUAUUUCUGUGAACAUGCAUUGGCUUGUUUAUGAUGAUUUGUGUUUCCCCUGGGGGAGUGAGUCCCAGUCAUCUACCGCCCUCUGACUGAACACAUUCUGCCUAUCAGCUGUGAUAUGAGUGGGUCUUUCCUUGAACAUGCCUCUGUCUAUCUCUGCUGGUUUGUGUUUCUCCUAAGGGAGUGACUUCACCCUCUGACAACACAUAGUGCCUAUCAGCUCUCACUGUUUCUUCUGCUGUGUUUCUUUCCUGUACUACCUCUCAUACAUUUGAAGAUCUAAUGCACUGACUCCAAGCCAAUUCAAUCACCCUCAUCAACUGAAAGUCAACAUUCCUUUGUCCCCUUAAUGUCUCCCCGGCCCAUACAGAAAGUCCCUUGGCCUUGUCAGGUUUGAAACCUUAGCUGCAUCAACUGACUUGAACUGUCUGCUCAGAUUAAUCAUUACAGUCAAAUUUGGACCUUCCCACAUUGAUGGGGAAAUAUCCAGCACAAAGUGCUGGUUAGCGGUGACAUUUUGUGAGUCUCAUUGUCAAGUUCUGUGAAAACACUUGUAAAGAUCUGCCCAAGCAAAUGAUUUCUGUAUUGGAUAGUAACUGCACCUUGCACAUUGUACCAAGGGGCACUGCGAACAAUGUUGGUAAUUUGUUCAAAUGCUAGUUACCCAGGAUAUUUUUCAGAGAGGGAGAUAUUUGCAAGGACUAUCUGUAGUCUGUGAAUAAUGAGGAUCCUUAUCUCUGUAUUCCAGUAACUUGACUGUGACAGAUGUAACAGUUGUCAUUACAUGUAGUGUGGUCAUUACUCUAUGGUAUGAUGAUUGGGGAUAACAUGUACAUGCAGAAAUACAACCAGCCAUUCUCAUUAACUGUAAUAAUUGUACAUUACAUGAUAAAUUGUUUGUAAAUAUGCAGAGGUAAUUUAUAUUUUUAUAUUUUUGCUAUUUUUGUAUCACUUGUUAAAUGAAUAUUGCUGCAAAUUGCCUACUGACCUGAUUGACCUGCAGUGUACAAUCAUUUCUGUAAACAUUUCUGAAAUACCUGUGUUUGUAAGUAUUAAUUUUCGUCGUCUGUUUCGCCAAUGCACUUUUCUUAUGAGUGUUACUGUGCUGAACAUUAUUUAAUAAUUUGUAAUGUAUGCAGGGCCCCAAUGGAAGUUUUUUUCCACACCCUGGGUAUAAAGAAAUGGAACAAAGAAAUAAAAGAAAUCAAGUGAGAUGGCUUGACUUUUCAAUCCUAGUAGGGUCUGUCUCAAAUGCAAACAAAACUAUGUAAAUAUUGGAUAUUGCUCAUCUGAAGAUUGGGCAAAGUGAGCCAGAUUGUUCUAUUUUCAUAACUUCUUUUCUGUAUUAAUAUAUAGCCUGAUGUACCUUUUAUAACAGCCAACUUGCCUUGCUUUUGUACCAAGUCGUAAGAAUCAUGCAACUUGCCAUCAUUGGAUCCAGUACAACUCAGAUUUGUUAUCUUUUUAAUAUCAAGAAUCACAUAUUGCAUGAUGUACAUUGUAUAGUGUUUACAAUGGGUCAGAUGUUUGUUAUUGCCAGAUGAAUGUUGCCUUUAUUAUGCACUGAAUGCCCGCAUCAUUAGCGUAAUGCUGACAUAUAGCAAUGUGGGUUUUUAUCUUUGUCUUCUGUCACACACAAUAAAGCAAGGCAUUUGAGUUAAUAUGAUACACAAGGUAUUUAAUCAAAUCAAUAGAAUUCUUAGUUGUUGCUGUCAAUGUAAAUCUCUGAUUAAAAAAAGGUCACACAAAGUUUAAUAUUACACAAUAUAAAUUUGAAUUUUUCUCAUGUACGUUUUAUGUGAUUGAGACAGCCAACACAGAUUUGAUCCAAUCUAUCAAAAUGGGAUCCUUUGCUGUUAUGUUUUGGUAAUAAUAUUCAUAAAGGUGUGAAAAUGAUACCUCAAAGGGUUCUUUUUUUUUAUAUGUUUGACAGUAUAACAUUGUUUUACUACUAAAGAUUGUUUGUUACUUCCUUGCCUCAAUACUCAAGAAAGAUUUUCUGGAGUCAUGAUUUUUCACAAAAGACAGUACAGUGUACUGAAACUUCCUUAUUAGCUGUUUCUUAGCUGUAUCGAUCGAUAUGUUUCCCGUAAAAGUCAAGCUGCAUGCUGGGUAAUUCCAUGAGAAUGUGGAUAUGGCUGAAAAAUGGAAAAUUUAAGAAAUCUUCAAAUGACAAGUACCAUAAUCUCAAAUGUGGUGUAAAAUUAAAAGAGACAAACAUGAACCUUUGUUUGAAUGAUUUUCCAGUAAAAUAGAAUAUGGUUAAGUGUAUUUGUUUCCACAAAUUGGUAUUCUGCCGAAAAAUAACGAUUUAAGGUCGUCCUUUUUGCACCGGGUUACAUGGAAAUGCAAGAAUUGUUGUGACUUUAUGUUUUUAAGGAAGAGAGCAAGGUUCAUAAUUAUUCUGUGCCAUAAGAGUUUUGUGGUUCGAUUAUUAGUUACUUGAAUGUUUAAACUUAAUUGUACCAAAGAUGAGCAGACAAACUGUAACGUGAGUACCAUAACGCGAGUUUCCAAAAUAUAUCUCUCGGCCUCAGGAAAUUUACUAUUGCUUUUUUAAUAAUUAUUACGGUAGAAUAUGACUUAUAUGUACCCUAAUGAUGUAAGCGCACUUUCCCUAUCAUUGCACAUUGUGUAUAAAACUUUAAAAUGCUUGGUAUUUAAUUUAUGUCCUGUACUUUCCCCAUCAUUGCACAUCAUGUGUGAAACUUUAAAAUGCUUGGUAUUUAAUUUUUGUCCAUGUUCUUUUUUUCGUAACUUGAGUUUAUUAUACCAAUCCAAAACUUAUUGCCAAACCAAUAGAAGUUCAGUUUGCUGGCCUUUUUUGACGCAGUUAAGUCACUUAAUUACAAGGGAUCUUCUGUGAGAAAAAUUCACUCUUAAUGCUUCGACUCGAUAGAAAAACCGAACACAGAUAAGACCCGCUCCAAAUGUAACAUCACUUACCAUGGAAUUGCCCUGCUUGUUUCCAGCUUGUUUAUUCUCUGUGAAAGAACUUUGAGGAGCUCAUCUAAAAGAGAAUCUAUGAUUUUACAUCCAUCAGCUAUGGUCAAGGAGAUUACGCAUUUGUUUUAAAAUUUAACGCCAUUUUGUUACCUUUUGGAAUCACAUCCUCACGAUAUCUCCUGGCUGCCCAAAGUCAGUUUCGACAGGUUUUUUUAUGUAGUUAAACCAAACUUCAUAAAUUAAAAAAGGGAAAAGUGAAAUUUAGGGUCAUUAGCUGUCAUACUGUUUUUAUUUGUUAAAGUUUCAUAAUUGUGGAAACUGUUCCCUUUUUCUGGAAUGGACAUAUCACGUUUUGCAAAUAAAAUCUUCACAUCAUGAUCAA